GUAUUUCCGAAAUGGAGUUUUUGACUUGAGGAGAGCAAAUAAUAUUCUGCAUUUAACUUAAUGUGGAUAACUUAAACUGUCAUUAUGGAAAGAAUGUGUGCCUCUCGAACUUUGCAGGAUAUACUAAGGUGCUGUAGAAGACGGAAUAUCUGUGUGUCAGUCAGCAGACUAAGUCCUGUAAGGGUGAAUGGCUUACGCAACAUCAGUCGGUAUCAUACUACAUCAUGUACAUGUACAAACAAAAGUUCAUGUGGAGUGUACGGGAAACAUGGCCUGCGAAAUCCCCGAAAGGAAAUGCGAAACUUUUCGGCCCUAUUCACACAAUGCCUACAGAAGACUGAUGCUAGAAAUAAUUUUGGAGUAAAUAUCUACCGUAUUCAGAACAUAAGUACAUCUGCACGGAGAGUUAAUAGUGAAAAGGGAAGUGAAAAAGAAGGAGAACAGGAUUAUAAAGAUGGAAAGAAAACCAGCAGUGAUCCAGACUCCGGAUCCUCAAGAAGAUUUGCAGUUAUGGGGUUAGGCAGUGCAAUUAUCUUAUUACAGGUUUUGAAUCAAUAUCAAGCUGUAACUCUCCCAUGGCUAGAAACGCCACAAGAGUUGAGAGAUGUUCUACUCAACAAUGAAGUAACCUCUAUACAAGUCUCCAAGCAUCUAAAUGUUGGACAGCAUUCGGGUUUAAUAGCAACUUUUAAAAGGAAUGGAUUUGAUAAGCCUAUAUUCUACCGGAUAGAAAGGGGCGACGCCUUCGUACAAAAUCUGUCGUCCGUAUAUAAAGAGUUAGAAAUUGAUCUUGAUGAACAAAUACAGCCAAUAUUUGUGGACACGAGACAGGCUGAUAUUGGAUUACUUCUGAUGGGCCUGUUGUUGCUGUAUAGCGUGAGAAAGGGCGGACCCCUUAAUGUCAGCGUAAAAUUUAACCAGGGAAAAGUUAUCCAGGGAAAGAAGAACAUUCCGAAACAACCUAAAGAGACAAUGGGUGAACCAAAAAAGGAAAAAACUUCAAUGAUGGACAUGUUGCUUGGCGAUCGGGCAAACGCAGGCUACAUAAGAGGAGAUAUUCUUUCCAAACAAGGAAAUGGUGUUACUUUUAAAGAAGUUGCCGGAUUGAAGGAAGCCAAAUAUGAAGUGAUGGAGUUUGUGGACUACCUAAAGAGUUCUGAUAAUGUGAAGAAACUUGGAGGGAAGCAUCCUCGGGGAGUGUUACUACUGGGGCCGCCUGGGUGUGGAAAAACACUGCUGGCCAAAGCGGUAGCUACAGAAGCUGGAGUUCCUUUCUUCGCCCUGGCAGGCUCACAGUUUGUGGAGAUGUUCGGAGGACUUGGUGCCUCCAGAAUGAGAAAUCUUUUCAAAGAAGCACGCCAACAGGCUCCAUGUAUUAUCUACGUGGAUGAGAUAGAUGCCAUUGGCAAGAAGAGAAACGGGUCUGAGCAUGGCUCUGAAGAAGAACACACACUGAACCAGCUACUGGUGGAGUUAGAUGGGAUGGGAACAACAGAAGGCAUCAUUAUGAUAGCCUCGACCAACCGCUCAGACGUCCUAGACAAAGCACUGCUGAGACCGGGGCGGUUUGACAGACAGAUACAGAUUGACUUCCCAACAGUAGACGAGAGAGAGGAAAUCUUCCAUGUUUACAUGAAGAAGUUAAAAUUAAUGAUGGAUUACAAAGAGUUGGCCCCUCGCUUGGCCCAGCUAACGACAGGAAUGAGUGGAGCGGACAUUGCCAACAUUUGUAACGAAGCUGCUCUUCAUGCAGCCAGGCAUGCAAACGACAGCAUCAGCGUGGGCGAUUUCUACUUUGCUAUCGAGAGAAUCGUUGCAGGUGCCGAGAAAAAAAGAAGUGUGAUCACCCAGGAGGACCGUAAAGUUGUGGCCUACCAUGAGGCAGGUCACGCACUAGUAGGCUGGUUACUGAAGCAUACCGACGCCCUUCUCCAGGUUUCUAUUGUUCCACGGACAAAUAAUGCCCUUGGAUUUGCCCAGCUGGCUCCACAGGACAACUACCUCUUUUCCGACCAGCAGCUGUUUGACAGAAUGUGUAUGAUGCUUGGUGGAAGAGCUGCAGAAAACAUCACUUUCAACCACGUCACCUCAGGUGCACAUGAUGACCUUGACAAGGUCACGAAGCAAGCGUAUACACAGAUUCGAAGCUGGGGAAUGAAUGAGAGGGUAGGUUGUGUGUCAUACGACUUCUCCGAAGGCUCCCCCCUGUUGCCAUACAGCAAAUCUCUGUCCAAUAUCAUGGAUGAGGAGGUGAAGAAGCUGGUAGCCAGAGCCUACAUGGCAACACAAAGUCUUCUGAUGGAAAAUAAACCAACACUUGACUUGUUGGCUAAAACCCUUCUGGAGAAGGAGUCUUUAACGUAUGACCAGGUUCGUGAUCUCAUUGGACCGCCACCUCAUGGCGACAAAAUCAAACUGGAAAUGGUGAAGAUAUUGACAGAAGCAAAAGAGUCUGCAUCACAAUCAAAAUCUUCCGAUGUUUGAAUUGAAAUGGUUGUCUUCGAUCACUGAUUGAAGUUUACAGACGUGUGAAUCCAGAAUAUAUCAUGUCUGUAUAAACAGUGAUUUAAUUGUUGAUAAAAACUUUUGGAAAAUUUGUGGAAAUCUGAACUUAAAAUCUUCUGAAUAAAGUGGAAGAUUUCAGGAGAUUUUCUCUAGAAUGUCUUUGUGAAGAGUGACUGUACUUUAUCCCUGGACACCAAUUAUUGAUGUUGGUGUUUUGAAAAGGGAUUUUUGGAUUGUUUGAGACUUCAUGUACUAGGGCUUAAUACCUUUAAAUAUACAAACCUAUAUGUGACUGUUAAUUUUAUAUUAAAAAUAGUGUAAAUUCUAUCAGUGUUUUCCUGUUGUUACAAUUGUUAGGUCUGAAGUUGGAUUGGUAUAAAAAAAAAUUCCUUAUGCAUGUUUGAUUAUCAUUUAUUGACCAAGUUUAUGAACUGGUUCUUUAAGACUUACCAGUACAGUAUUUUUGUGGGAUGAUCCUUACCUAACUUUCUGUGCAUUGAGGACAAUAUAGAGUAAUAGACACGGUACCACAGUUAACUGUUAUUUCACUCCGCAAAUGUCAGAGAAUGAGGUCACAUGACCGUCACAUCACAACAAUACAAUGAACCACCUGUAUGCGAGAUAACCACAGGUUUGGAUGUCUGGAGAACUUUAUACAAAACCUGAAAGGGAGAUAACCACAGGUUUGGAUGUCUGGAGAACUUUAUAUAAAACCUGAAAGGGAGAUAACCACAGUUUUCGAUGUCUGGAGAACUUUAUACAAAACCUGAAAGGGAGAUAACCACAGGUUUGGAUGUCUGGAGAACUUUAUAUAAAACCUGAAAGGGAGAUAACCACAGGAUUGGAUGUCUGGAGAACUUUAUAUAAAACCUGAAAGGGAGAUAACCACAGGAUUGGAUGUCUGGAGAACUUUAUAUAAAACCUGAAAGGGAGAUAACUACAGGUUAAAUGUCUUGAGAACUUUAUAUAAAACCUGAAAGGGAGAUAACCACAGGUUUGGAUGUCUGGAGAAUUUAAUGUAAACCUGAAAGGGAGAUAAUCACAGUUUUCGAUGUCUGGAGAACGUUAUAUAAAAUCUGAAAGGGAGAUAACCACAGGAUUCAAUAUCAGGAGAACUUUAUAUGAACAUGUAAGGGAGAUAACUACAGGUUUGGGUGUCUGGAGAACUUUAUAUGAGCAUGUAAGGGAGAUAACCCCUUUGAUAACUACAAACUUACCUGUAUAUCACAUAUGUAUAUAAAACCUGAUUGUAGAAACUUUUAUUAAUUUUAAAUUAAUUAAAAAACAUCUCUAUUUUAUUGAAUUCUGCCCUUACAGUUAAGUUUUAAGUAUGUAAAUGAAAUUUACAUCAAUAAAUUUGUAAAUACCA